CAUCAUGGCGGGUCAGCUGCGUUUUGAUGGUCGAGUUGUCCUCAUCACGGGCGCCGGGAACGGCAUUGGCAGAGAUUAUACUCUGGCCUUUGCAGAGAGGGGUGCUUCUGUUGUUGUAAAUGACCUAGGAGGAAGCUUCACAGGGGAGGGGGCGAGUUCGCGCCCAGCUGACCUGGUGGUUGAGGAGAUCAAGGCCAAGGGAGGGAAGGCCGUGGCCAACUAUGACUCGGUGGAGGAUGGAGCCAAGGUUGUGCAGACUGCCCUGGACCACUUUGGCAGAAUUGAUGUAGUGAUCAACAAUGCUGGCAUUCUUCGUGACAAGUCAUUUGCAAGGAUCAGUGAUACAGACUGGGACUUGAUCCACAGAGUUCACCUGAGAGGGUCCUUCAUGGUGACCAGGGCUGCCUGGGAACACAUGAAGAAACAGAAAUUCGGCAGGAUUAUCAUGACAACCUCCAGCUCUGGUAUUUAUGGUAACUUUGGUCAAGCCAACUACAGUGCUGCUAAGCUUGGCCUCCUUGGACUUGCCAACACUCUGAGAUGGGAAGGGAAGAAGUACAACAUUGCUGUCAACACCAUCGCACCACAGGCUGGCUCACGGAUGACAGCUACUGUUUUGCCACAGGAGGUGCUGGACAUGCUGAACCCCAGCUACAUCGCCCCACUAGUGAUGUACCUGUGCCAUGAGAGCUGUCAGGAGUCAGGGGGACUGUUUGAAGUCGGAGGGGGGUGGAUGGCAAAAUUGAGAUGGCAGAGGACCCAGGGUGCCAUGGUAGGCAGGCCUGACAAGAUCAUGACUCCAGAGGAUGUACGGGACCACUGGGCUGAAGUGGUUGACUUUUCAAAGACAAGCAAUCCAAGAAGUGGAGCAGAUACCGUGAAGGACAUAAUGGCAGGCAUGCAGCGGGCAGGUAUUACAUCAGUCCGCAGGAACGACACUGCAGGAACAACCACCACAAGAGAUGUGGAGGCAGCUUUGAAACAUACACCAGAGCCAAGUCUCUUCACCUAUGAUCACAGGGAUGUCAUACUGUAUGCACUUGGAGCGGGCAUGUCAACCCAGGAGUCCGACCACCUCAAGUUCCUGUUUGAACUUCACGAGGACUUCUGCACCCUCCCAACGUACGGUGUCAUCACUGCCUUUAACAGCUCGGGUGGGGCCUUCAGGGGAAAUCCUGGUCUCAAGAUUGACUUUACCAAGGUCCUACAUGGAGAGCAGUACCUGGAACUCUACAAGCCUCUACCAACCAAGGCCACGUUGAAGAACCAGGCUAAGAUUGUGGACAUUCUGGACAAGGGAUCCGGCAUGCUCAUCCUUGUGGAGGUGACUACCACAGAUGAACAGGGGGAUCGUGUAGCGUAUAACCAGUUCUCCACGUUUGUUGUCGGUGCUGGUGGAUUCAACGGCAAGAGAGUUUCUGACAAGGCCAAGAACACUGUACCUGCUCCCAAGAGGGCCCCGGAUGCAACUGUGCAGCAGAAGACUUCAAUAGAUCAGGCUGCCCUGUACCGUCUGAGUGGAGACUACAACCCUCUCCAUCUGGACCCAACCUUCGCAGCUAUGGGAGGAUUUAAGAAGCCCAUCCUUCAUGGUCUGUGCAGCUUUGGUAUCGCUGCCCGCCAUGUUCUCAAAACCUACGCCAACAAUGAUGUCACCAGGUUCAAGGCCAUCAAGGUGCGGUUUGCUAAGCCUGUGAUCCCAGGCCAGACCCUGCAGACGGACAUGUGGAAGGAGGGCAGCCGCAUCCACCUGCAGGUGAAGGUAGUGGAGACAGGUGACAUCGCUCUGAACGGGGCCUAUGUGGACCUGGUGGAGGGGGCUGGAUCUUCUCCUCAGGCUGGCCAGGUAAGUGCUGGCUCCGCCCUGCCAAGCGAUGCUGUUUUCGGACAGAUGGCCCAGCAGCUGACCCCUGACCUUGUGAAGAAGGUCAAUGCCAUCUUCCUGUGGAACAUCAUGAAGGAUAAGAAGCAGGCUGCCCAGUGGACUGUAGACCUGAAGACUGGCAGUGGUUCGGUGUACAAGGGUACCCCCAAACAGGGGAAGCCAGACACCACCAUCACCAUGUCAGACAAUGACUUUAUCGCCCUGGUGUCAGGGAAACUCAACGGACAGACGGCAUUCUUCCAGGGCAAACUGAAGAUCACUGGGAACCUGAUGCUGAUGACCAAACUGGAGGGGCUGUUCAAGGCUCAGGCACAGCAGCCGGCUGGCCCCAGCCUGCUGAGUGAUCCAGUCUUUACUGAGCUGGGCAGGAGGCUUCCCUCAGCUGGCGCCGCCAUCCAGAAGAUCAAGGCCAUCUUUCUGUGGAACAUCACCAAGGACAAGAAACAGGCUGCCCAGUGGACUAUUGACCUGAAGACUGGCAGUGGUUCGGUGUACAAGGGAACCCCCAAACAGGGGAAGCCAGACACCACCAUCACCAUCUCUGAUCAGGACUUUGUGGAUCUGGUCACUGGGAAACUCAACGGGCAAACGGCGUUCUUCCAAGGCAAACUGAAGAUUGCUGGGAACUUGAUGCUGAUGACCAAACUGGAUGGACUCUUCAAGGAACAGGCUUCUAAGCUGUAAAGCACUGUGGGAAUGCCCAGUGCAUCAUGGGUCAUAGCUACGCUUUUAUCAUUGGAUGUCUAAUCAAACCUUCACCACAUUCUCAAUCUUGUUUUGAUAUCAUGUAAUACGUGACUGAAAUUUCAUUGCUUCAUUUCUAACUGAGUUACUUAUAUGUUUGACACCUUGGCAGAUAAGUUGAAUUAUGAUUGUAUCAUAUGAGAAGAUAUGAAUUUAAAGAAAAAAUAUGGAAACUGAAUAUGUCACCAGAUAAAGCAUAAUACUGUGCUGUAUAUGGAUAGGGUGAUUACAGUCAUUAGACUUUAUGUAAUUGGAAGAAAACUUUGUGUAUAUUUGCUUCAUUAGAUAUGCACUUUUUUCUUAAACCAAAGUCACCAUAUCACUCAUAAGCAUUUUCAUAUUUAGGCAGUAGUUUCUAGACUAUUGAUCUUGAGCAAUUCUUGCAUUCUUUGAAUUCAAUAAAGAUAUGAAUAAUGUUGUAUUAUUAACAUUUUCCUAUGUUGUGACAUGUAUUUUGCAACCUUAUUAUUUUUGUUCAAAACUUAUAAUUUCUCUAGACAAGAUACACCCCGAUUUUGUUGAGAUUAAUUGUAACAGUCAUUUUAUUGUCAAAAUUGUGAGAAUGUGUUGUCCAUUGAGUCUGUUGAGAAAAAUAUGACAAGAGAAGCUGAUC